CAGACAAGCUGGUUCCCAAAGUCUUGGUGUGACCUUUGACCCAGCUCUCACCCUGGAUUCUCAUGUCAGUUCUCUUGUUCGCUCUUCCUUCUUCCAUCUCAGGAACAUUGCUAAGCUGAGUCCCAUUCUGUCUCGCUCUGAACUUGAGACAGUUAUCCACACCUUCAUCUCCUCACGCUUAGACUACUGUAACUCUCUUUUCACGUGUCUGAGCAGAGCCUCCCUGAACCGUCUACAGGUGGUUCAGAACGCCUGUGCUCGGCUUCUGACCAAGUCCUCCAAACACACCCACAUCACCCCGCUUCUCCUCCAGCUUCACUGGCUGCCAGUCAACUUCAGGGUUCAUUUCAAGAUCCUGGUUCUGGUCUAUAGGGCCUUACAUGGACAAGCACCAUCUUACAUUGGUGAUCUUCUUAGUCCCUACACCCCCAGCAGGUCCCUGAGGUCCAGUGAUCAAAGCCUACUGGUUGUGCAGCACCAGGCUAAAGACCAAAGGUGACAGAUCAUUUGCUGCUGUGGCCCCCAGACUCUGGAACUCUCUCCCCCUGAGCCUGAGAUCAGUGGACUCAGUGGUCUCCUUUAAAAAGCAGCUGAAGACUCACUUGUUCAAGCUGGCUUUUGUAUGACCUUCUUCACCACUCUCUUUAUUCUGCUCUCCCCACCUAUUCCAUCUUCCUCAGGAUCCACUGAUUUCCCUCUUUCCUAUUCACUCUCUCUCUUUCUUAACAUUUUUUAAUCACAAUUGUCUAUUUUUUGCUCAUUUUAAAUAUAUUUUAAUCAUUUUCUAAAUUAUUUUUUAUAUUUUUACAUUUUUUGUUUUUGUGAAGCGCCUCGUGAUUUUUAUCUUGAGAGGCGCUAUAGAAAUGACUUCUUCUUCUUCUUCUUCUUCUUCUUCUUCUUCAGUGUAAUCCAUAUGUACGUUGAUUAUUUGGUGCGUUGUUGUCCAGAUUGUUGAAAAGGGUGUGAGGAUGGUUCAGGCACUGAGCAGGUAUCCUCUUCUAGGCUCGAUCCAUUUAUUUGUGUGUCCUUAAAGGUUAAAGAACCAAGUAACAGUGUGUCCGGUACAUAUUUUAUUUGUGCUCUGUUGAAUACGUUCAAACUCAGUCUUCUUUUUAAAAUCUGAUUGAAUCGUCUUUAGGCUUUUUUUCACGUGUUGCUCUUGCUUCUGUUUCCAUGAUAAACGAGUAACACGUGAAACUCUCUAUUUAGACUAAAUAGUGGCAGAAGAAGCACUUUAUUAAAAUGCCACAGAAGUGACAGAUGAACUAAAGACGAGACACUCUUGACAGGGUAGUUGUCAUUACUCACUGGCUUCCUCCUUUGAAAUCUCAAGCAUCAGAAGUCAUGCUGGAUUCGUGGCUUCUCUGUGAGCUGUAGUUUCUGAGGUGGUGACUUGGGGCCGCUUCCAUUCUCUGUGUUACUCACAUUUGUGUCUGUCCCCGGGGCUCUUCGUCUAAAGAGCCUGGGCCGAAGAGGCAGGCAGGCCAAGCGCAGUAUGCCGGGGUUAGCCCUGCCCUGGAGAAAUCUUCCCAGCGACCUGAUUUUCUUUCCCAUAUUCCCAAGAUUGCAUCCUCAUUUUCACCUGAUCCUUGGUUGGAGCCAUUUUGUGGUGAAAAACUGCUGCAACAUCACAAGAUGUAAAAGUUCAGCUACUGCAGAGGCACAGCAGCCUCUGUUUCAGUCCCUGGCAGUGAUGUGUUCUCCUGGAAUCAGUUUCAUUGUUAAAUCUGGCAGAUAAUAGCCUCCAUUAGUAGGAAUUAUGUGUAGCGUCUGAGUGAUCUGAUUGCAACCUUUAUCAUCAAACUGCACAUCUUCAAUAUCACUGUAAUAGCAGAGCAUUGAGGAGGGUCUCUCCUAACAGCUUGCCAUAUUCAUCUCACAGCGAUCUGAAUUAAUAUUAGUGAUUGAUCCCCCAGUCACGUUCAGCCCCAUCUUUUCAUUCCAGCAUCUGGAUUUAAUUGGUGCUCCGCCGUAAAGCUACAGCUGCUCUGCCUGUUAGGACAAUAAAUUACUCCAAUUAGGAGCUGAACAAAAGAGGCUGUCUGACACCACAGCCCACUGCCAUGCCUCCGGAUUGGAGCGCGGUGGAAUGAGGCCGCGCUAUAACACCUGCCCCUUCAUUUGUCCGAUCAAAAUGCUGCUGCAGUCCAGCAAAUAUGUGCCGCACAAACAGAUUGCUUUGCCUGGAUUGCAUCCCUAUGUAUCCUCAGUCCCGGGGGCUGCUAGUAUAUAAAUUAAAAAGAAAAUUUGUCAGUGUUGGCAAUCAAUACCUGGUACAUUGCGUAAUUGCUGGGUGGAUGAUUAAUUGGUGUUUGCAUCAUGAGUUGUGGAUACAUCUAGGUUUUCUGGCAGCCGCCUGCCAUAUCGAUGGCACUGGUAAUGAAGGCAAUAAUGAGGGACGUUUCAGGAGGAUGUGGAAUGGAAGGAACGAGAGGAACAUCUGUGCUUCUCUAUAGUUAGAGUGUAAUUGAGACCAUAUUUCAUGUUGCUCUGUGAAAGCUAGCCUCGCUAUACUCGCUGUCGACUUUCCAGGAAGAAGAGGCAUUUUAUCUGUCGCUGUAAUGCACCCAGCAGCUUCAGCGACACAGGUGGUCCACCGCUGUGAAGAAUGUGGGCCGGCAGCCUCCGUCGUGGUCGGCCCGGCCGUGCCAUCCCUUGGUUUCACCACUUGCUGUGAGCACGCCAUUAAGCCAGACGAUGUUUGACAAGAAAAAUGAAGAGCGCCAUUUCCUGUGGCCUCGAGUGUCUUUCUGAAUAAUGAGCGGAUUGCCUGGACCCUGCUCUGUCUCUUCUCCCCACUCCACCAUACGUUUAGGUUAUUCCCAGUAAAUUCCACACGAGGCUGGGAGACUGGAGUGGUCUUUGUUGUUUUAUUUCUCUGGUUGAAAAAGGGUGGGAAACCUCUGUAGGAAGAUUUGAUGAAUGAAGUCGGGUUUUAGAGAUGUCCCAAUUAUCAAGGACAGGAAAAUACCAAUGUCACCGCAAAGCACAGCAUGUAAGAUAUAAACAAAAGGUCUGAUAGGAGCUUCUUAUUUAUCCCAUAAAGUAAAACAUAAAUCCUAAAACUUUCUGUGUCACGCAUCGGGCUGACACCCAAAGCCCAAAAGUAAAGUCAGCAGUGAUCUUAUCUGAGUGCAUGCAUCAGUAGAGUAGGACGUACUGAGGCUUCAACAGCUCAGUAAAGGACUAAAGCUGACUUCAACAGGUAGGGAGACAUCUCAGUCACAUGUUUUCACCCUUGUGUCUUCUUAGCAUCGCGUUGAUACUCAUCUCUUCUCUUUUGACUCCUCUAAAGUGUGCUGUUAGCUCCGGCAGUUAGUGGGGAACUUGGUAACUCAACAAAGUGUUUGAAUUUGACUGUUUUGAAUGUAACUUCAUCGCUCCUGCAAUGAAAAUACACGAAAUGCAACCACUGCAAGUUGUGAGCUCAGAUUUUUGUAGGAAAAUGUUUCCAUGCCACUGACAUUCUAGAAUUUUAUUGCACGGUUGGGUCAACACCAUUUGCUGCAUAAAGAUCUGAUGCCUUUUAAGGACAAACAUGUGCGACUGGCAUUUUAAAAAUGAUUCUUUCCUGUGUGGAACGUGGGAGAACAGAACAUUCUGUGCAGUUUUAGAGGAUUUCUCGUUAAGUGAAAGAAUCAUGUGAUGUUGCAAACAGCUGCAGUGUCCAGAGCCAUAUUUGCUGGCAGUAGGUAUGUGAUGGCAUGUACUCAUAAUGAAUCUCCCUGGUACAGACGUUGGGUGGUAGAGGAACUGUAGGAAGAUAAAAAUGAUUUAAAACAUUCCACGAUAAGACACGCCUGUUUCUUCUACAUUAGCAGAUUGAAGGUCCCAUGAUUUGUGCCAGUGAGAGGUGUAUGGAAAGUCCAAAGGGUCAUAAUCUGUACUCUUUGAAACAUUCUGUGGGAACUAAUAAACACACUGAAAGAUGAUACCAAGCAUUUUGUCCGUCAUGCCUGUUGUUUUUAAGCCAUCUGCAUUUAUUUAUUUUUCCUGUUGCACUGACUCGUAAUGAGCCGUGAACUCAAAACCAAGGCAGGUGCUGAAUAAUGAUCCAGGCUUACGUUUACCUCUCCUGGCGGUGAUUUAUCGUGUUUAUAAUUCUAAACACAUCAAAGAGCUCCUCAGCACAAGUGGACAUUGACCUCCUUCAACAAGCCAUUGAAAAGAGAAAGGGAGGUCUGGUGCUACCUCUUCACCCAGACUUUGUUUUCAUCCUCGAACAAAGCAAAACAUACAGGCCUGACAUGGCUGACCACCUCUCAAAGAGCCGUGGUCCUGACUGGAUGGAUCUCCCUGAUUAUUAUGGCAGACGUCUGAUGGUAAUGGGAGGAAGGUCUGCACGGCAGCGAUAGCACCACAGCAUCGGAGAGCCUAUUACCCACCGCUGUGGUGGCAGUAAUGGUGAGACAGGCCGUCCUAUCCAUUAUGGUGAUGAUGCAUUUUGAACGGGUAGAGCCGUUAUAUAUCAGUGGAUGAUAAUGGUGGGAAAGAGCUUCCUCUGGGGUAUGGUCAUAAUGCAGAGAAAGGGGUGAGAAGGUCCAUCCAGAAAUCCUGAGCACAGCGUGCCCAUGUGGGUAUGUGGUGAUGAAUUAAGGGGAGUGGCGAGGCUUUCUCUCUCUCUCUGUGUUACAACAACAGAGGGCCAGCCCGCGUGCUCAGUGCACUCGAGGAGAGGGAGACAAUGUGGAGUGCACAUGUGCACAUGACAAACAAGAGGCAUGCAGCAGAAAGGGAGUCUUAGUUAGCUGUCUGCCUGGCGCUUCGCCACCCCUGUGAUGUAUGUUUAUGGCCCAUCAUCUCCAGCCAAUUACCUUGCCUCAGUGUAGGAGCAGAGUGCCUUCUCAUCACAGCCAUCAGUGUGUGAGCACGGAGACAGACAGAGACAGUUUCCGGACAUCCUUGGCAAAGCGCUCUUCUCCUCAGGUGGCUCUGGAGAUUCAUCCUAAACAGUACAGCCGAAGCAGAUGUGUUUGUGUGUCCCAUUCAUGCCAACCCACAGACGCUCUCCAUCUAAGUUUCACAAGAUCUCAGAGACAGUGUGGGCAGAAUGAGGCUGCUGUGGAAAUCCUUGGACAAGAUGAGGUGUCUGAGGAAACGAUCCACUAUCCCCUUCCUCGGCUUCCUCAUCACCUUCCUCCUCUUCUUGAACCUGUAUAUUGAAGAUGGCUACGUGCUGGAAGGAGAUAAAAGGCAGCUGAGGGAAACAUCAGUUCAUCCAUCGAGCUCAGAACGAUAUGUCCACACCUUCAGAGACCUUAGCAACUUCUCUGGAACCAUUAAUGUCACAUACCGGUACCUGGCUGGGACUCCCCUCAACCGCAAGAAGUUCCUCACCAUAGGUCUCUCAUCAGUCAAGAGGAAAAGAGGAAACUACCUCCUGGAAACAAUCAAGUCCAUCUUUGAUCAGUCCAGUUAUGAGGAACUGAAAGAGAUUGUGGUUGUGGUCCAUCUGGCAGACUUUGACCUGGUCUGGUGUGAGAACCUGGUCCAGGAAAUCACCAGGAAGUUUGCUCAUCACAUCAUAGCCGGACGUCUCCUGGUCAUCCAGGCUCCUGAGGAGUACUACCCUUCUCUGGACGGGUUGAAAAGGAACUACAAUGACCCGGAAGACAGGGUCCGUUUUCGCUCCAAGCAGAACGUAGACUACGCUUUCCUCCUGAACUUCUGCACAAACCUCUCACACUUCUACAUGAUGUUGGAGGACGAUGUACGCUGCUCCAGGAACUUCCUGACAGUGCUGAAGAAGGUGAUCACCUCCAGAGAAGGUUCCUACUGGGUAAUGCUGGAGUUCUCUAAACUGGGAUACAUCGGGAAGCUGUACCACUCGAGGGACCUGCCCCGUCUGGCUCACUUCCUCCUCAUGUUCUACCAGGAAAUGCCUUGUGACUGGCUCCUCAUCCACUUCAGAGGUCUGCUGGCUCAGAAGGACGUGAUCCGCUUCAAACCCUCUCUGUUCCAGCACAUGGGCUACUACUCCUCCUAUAAAGGAGUAGAGAACAAACUGAAGGACGAUGAUUUUGAGGAAGACUCUAUCGACAUCCCUGACAACCCUCCUGCCAGCAUUUAUACAAACAUCAACGUCUUUGAAAACUACGACGCAACCAAGGCUUACAGCACAGUGGAUGAAUACUUCUGGGGGAAACCUCCCUCAACUGGAGAUUUCUUUGUUGUAGUCUUUAAUAAAUCAACCAAAAUCAGCAAGAUUAAGAUUACCACUGGCUCAGAUGACCGGCAGAAUGAUAUUCUACACCACGGCGCUCUGGAAGUCGGAGAGAAACUGGUUGGGACUAAAAAGGGAAAACAGUGUUCCUCCUACAUCACGUUAGGGGAGUUUAAAAAUGGCAACAUUGAGGUUCAAGAUGUGGACCAUAAGAUUGUCUUUGACAUUGAGUGUGUGCGCAUUGUAGUAACAGCGAGUCAGAAAGAAUGGCUGAUUAUUAGAAGUAUCAGUUUAUGGACUACACAACCACCCAGCCAAUAAGCGCCACGCACACAGACUUUUAGUACGUCAUUGAAGCAGUGAUUUUUGUUAUUAUUUAUUGAUGUAUGUUUUUCCAGCUUCACUUAUUCAUUUUAUACGUAUUUAUUAAUGUUCAUUCUGACAAACAACCAGUUUUUUAUACCUGAAUGGUGUGGCCAUAUUGGAUCAUCUUCACAGUCAUUAUCAAAGACUGUUCAGCUGACCUCAGAGUGUCUGUUACCAAGGCUUUAUCUGUUAUGUUUUAUUGUUUUCUUUACCAAACCUGAAUAAAAACUAUGUUCUGUGUAUUCCUAUUGUCAUCAAAUCCCAGCAGCAGCAAACACAAAGUAUACACAGUUAACAGGGAGGGUAGAAUGUGGGAAGUUAUUACAUCUUUUUACUAAAGUUUACAGUUUUCUAUCCAUGUUCGAACCAACUACAUGCACAACAGAAAGACGGGAAGGUAAGGCCAGUGGGCGUCAAAAGGAACCUAGUUGGAUUUAUAAUUUCAAGUAUUUGACUUUUCCUGAGUAAGAAUAAAAAUUAAGCCUCAGAUAAUAAUGCCCCUUUAACAGUCAUGGACUCACCCAUCUUGACUCGUGAUGGGGAAGGCUGUUGUUGGUUUAGCGCCCAGGAAACAGCAGAUAACCUCUUGGUUUAGUAGAAGAUGACUGUUAGCGUUAGCAACUCCACCACACAGCAGAACUCCUUCAGGCUUGUGUUAAAAAGCUGCUAAAAAGUCACAAGCUUGCAAAACAGAUUAUUAAGAUGAUUGUUUUUAUCAUUUUAGGUAUAUUUUUCUGCAUUUCAAAGCUGCAAGAAUUAUCCCUAAAAAACCGGAGAGAUCUGGUAGGCUGACAUCAGAAUUUUCUCACAAUCACAAAAUUGACUGAAUGACUAGAGAAACAAAAACUCAUAAACAUCAUUACUACGGAAACAAAAUGCUUUUACCUGUGAAUUCACGUUUUAUUUGUUGAUGAUGAUACAUUUUUAGAUGAUCUGAUCAUUUAAGGCUGAUAUAUUAUUUAUUUAUGAAUAUGGUUUUACUUCUGCCUCUGUCAAGGGUGUGACCUAAGACUAACCCUGAGACUCUGUACACACAUAGCUGGGUUUACCACAACACUAAGAUAUUUUUCAGUUUUUCAGAUGCGAUGACCACACAUCACCACUAUGGCCGCCAAAUGUCCAUUCUUAUGCUUCACACAACUUGAACCCGACGGACCCAGCACCGGGUCCACGAGCACUUCACCAACAAAGUUGUUCCAAAAACAUGCUAAAUAUUCAGCAAUUAAUGCAAACUUCACCUGUACCUAACAGGAAGAGGCUCAUCUAAACAAUAGAAUCCACAUUUUUAAUCAACAACACCCAAUGACAAUAGCUGCUAAAUGAAAAGCAAAACAAAGUUUAUUUCAUGAAAACAAAAGCACAAAUGUAGUCUUACCUUUGCUGGUUUAUGGUCAUAGUAAUCCAUGUUAUAGUAAAUAAUUAACAUGGGGCCGUGGAAUCCUUUGUCCCAACGUCACACUGUGCUGAUUCCUGACUCUUUUGGGUUUUUUACCUUCUUUUUCCAGUUUUCCAUAGUUCUCCAUAAUAAAACAACUCCAUGAGGUGUACUCAGCUGCUCUGCAAUGUACAAACAAUGGUGCGCUACAAAAAUAAACAAAUACAUGAAUAAAUAAAUAAAGAGAACGGUGAACUGUGGACAGCUACCGGUUCUGGGUGAACGUCCUGAUCUGAGACUCCAGUCUUCUGUGCCCAAAGGCUCUCCUAUUCUUUGUAUUGGAGAGGCAUCCAGCUUUAUGCACCAAUAGCGUAGGGCGAUGGGAAAGAUUAUGCGCCUGAAAGGGAACAGGAAGUACGUCACAAGACGAUUUGGUUGCAGUAAAAGUGUGAGAGAACAUUUUUAAACUACACUUAAAUGCAGAUUGUACACAGCACUUAAGUGGUUUGGUUUAAUUUUCAUGUUUAUUUGAUGUUUUGUGAUUUCUUUCUUCUUCUUCCUCUUCUGGUGACUUGUGGGGCAGCGCCCUAGCACCCCCUGUGGACGAGCCGCCACUGUUUGAAAGAGAACCGGAGAUUUCGCCCCCCGACUAAGCUCUUUUAUGGGUCAUGGCCAGACUAUAUAAUCACAUAUAAACGUAGGAGAAUAUUUGGUUUUACAACACCUGGCCACAUGUGUGCAUGGUCUUAGUGAUGGACCGGUUGCUGUAGAUACUAGCAUUUCACAUUUUCUGUUGGUUUAUUAUUUUUUUUAAGUAAAAAAUAGUCUAAUUUAUUAUCUCCCUGUUUGUCUUUCCAACACAUCCAGAAUCAGCAAAAGUAGAGUUGAGUAAUAACCAACAGAUCUCAUAGAUGCCUAAAAGGGAUUUGUUGACAAUUAGGAUACAUUUCAAUGUGUGCAUGUUUAAUGUUUUUAUAGAUUUUUUUUUAAAUGCAGGUUGAAAAGUGUUAAUAGUGAUGGUUGUGUUGAGUUUUUGCUGUUUUUGAUUUGAUUCUGAGAUUGUCCACCCUCACCGUGGUGACAGAAGUCACCAGAACAACAAAAGAUUCAGUAUGAAAGUUUGCAGCAAGUAAUGAGCUAUUUAAUGGUUUAAUGCUUUAUUCAGUUUGUCAAAUAUUUCUCAUUUUGAUUUAUUUCUCAUUUAAAACAGGUCUGAUUAAAGGCAGUCCUUCAGAGGCGGAGCCUAAAAGGAAAUUGCUGCCUUUCAUCAUUUGAAACAAACCUUUUAUCUUUUACUUUUUCCUUAUUCCAUUACCUACUGCAACAUGUGUUUGUGACUCGUUCACUACAACUUAAUGUUCUGCACGACCUGCUGUCAGGAAAACAUUUGUUUUUCACCCAUCGUCUCCAGGAGCUGAGAUUAGACCGCACAGUGAAGAACGGGCCGGCCUCUCCUCUUAUGCCCUUUUAUUUUUUCUUCUUCUCUUUUCAAAACCAUUUCCUCCUAGUAAAUUGUUCUGUGUGUGCUUGCCUCUCUCUCCACACCAGCAAAACAACAUCUUCCCUGGAGCUAUAGGAUCUCAAUUGUUUCUCCCCUGAUGUUGCACUCUCACAGCUUCACCGCAGCAGCUGUUUCACGGCUGCACCUCUGUGAUCUCCCCCCUCCUCGAACAGUUUGCUGUUCGGGGAAUCUUGUUCAGUGUUAGUCUGAGGUUCCUUGGCCAAAAUUUGUUAACGCACCAAUUUCAUCAUGCUCUCCAGAAGAACCCCAAACAUCUUCGGCAUUAGACUGCAGCUAAUGAGCUGUGUUUAAAUUUAGAUGAGUUUUAAUGAUGCAACAGAGGAGUGGGUGUUUACAUGACGGCAUUCCUCCAGAGCUCACGCAGGAAGCGGCUGGUCAUUAAGCAUGCGGCGACAGCCCUGUUCCACCGCUCCAGUGGCCACCUGUUCCAUGUUUUCCCUCUAGGUCUUGUUUAGUCGUACAGAUCGAGACCUUUUGCAAAUCGAAUUUAGCUGCCAAUUUUCCUCAGCAAAUCCUCCACCGCCCCCACCCCCACUUGCUAUCUCAAAUGAAAUUAGAGUACCCACCGCCUCCCAGCGAGGCCCAUUGUUGUCCUCAGCUUUUCCCUCCGAAUCCUGCUGUUCACUUAAAGGAUUCUUUGACCUGCGUGGAUCUGCUCCUCUCGGGGGGCUGUUCUUAGAAUGGAAGAAGCCUAAAUGGUGCAGCACAAGUGGCGUUAUUCAUGUCAGAGAUGACGAUUCUGUUACCAUACAUCUGAGCUGAAAACACAUAAUGACGCGGUGGGUCAGUGGGAAAUGGAAUGGAUGGCUUUGUUAUGCUUUAUGUCAAAGAACAGCAGCUGUGAUAUUUCUGGAGGAAAACGUGCUUUCUGAUCUUCAUUUGAGAUUUUAAAAUGGCAGCUAAAGUAGCUGCACACUGCAGGUUCAUGGAACGAUUUACAUCUUGGGGAAAACAGAAAAAAAAUGCAUAAAUUCCUCAAGUGCAUGUCAAUAAACUGCUGUGCACAGCAUUCCUUGCUCCUGGCAGCAUGUUCAGAAAGUCUCUGGGAAAACAUUGUGCACUGGAUCAGUUCAACAUCUCAUGCAGUAACUAAAAAUAGUCCUUUCCUUGUGUAAUUGCCCAAAACGGAAGUGCACUAACAAACCUCUGAGCUAGGAGGACAGGAGUAUGGUGAAGUCCAGCAGAGAAGGUCCAACACUCUGAAGCUCUGAUGAUAAGAUAAAUGGUUCCUUGGUUAUCUGAGCUGUCUUCCGGGGGAGCAUGUACAAUGUGCAUGAAGCUUUCAGUGGAUAGAACAACUCUUUUUUUAUCUAUGAUUUACCGUUGUGCUAAUGGAAAUUAUUUAUGCGUAGAAGCGGACCGAACCUGACACGGGCUUCGUGUGACAUAGUUUUGUUCUAAGUGGAGCGAGUGUUUCUGUGUUUGACUCUUCAUCUUUCCCACACUGGGACUGUAUUGUACGAUGACAUAUCUAUAUUUUUUUACUCGUAUCAUUUUGGAUGUUGUAUUGUACAUAAUGUAAUUUAAAUGAAAUCCGAUUAAACAAACGAAUGCUGA